CUCAUCUUAUUCUCUCUCUCUCUCUCUUUUUCCCGGCAUAACUUGUGUGAUAUCCUAAACUCCAUAACCUGUUUCCAGUACCUAUUAGUCUUACUAGUUUCGAAUUAUAUUCAGAUUAAACAAAAGAAAAUGUCGGGAAGAAGAUCACGUUCAAGGCAAUCAUCAGGAACUUCAAGGAUCUCAGAAGAACAGAUCAACGAUCUCAUUAUCAAGUUGCAGCAGCUUCUUCCUGAGCUCAGGGAUAGUCGUCGCUCCGACAAGGUAUCAGCAGCGAGAGUGUUACAAGAGACGUGCAACUACAUAAGGAAUCUGCAUAGAGAGGUUGAUGAUCUAAGUGAGAGGCUAUCUGAGUUACUUGCAAAUACAGACACUGCUCAAGCUGCUUUAAUCAGAAGCUUACUUACCCAAUAAUUCAUAUCUUCUUCUUCUUCUUAAUAAUAGAUAAUGUUACGAGUUCGUCACUUUUGCUUCGGUCAUCGCUUGUUUCCUAUAUAAAAACCUUUGCCCCUUUUUCGCUUAAUUUGUUUGUCUCUUUCUCGAAUUCGGUUAGGGUUUUGUUCACCCAUAGACUUGGCUAUGUUCAUUCUUACCUCUAUUUGUCUUUUAGCCAUUUAAAACAUGUCAUAACAAGAGAUC